AGAGAGAGAGAGAGAGAGAGAGAGAGAGAGAGAGAGAGAGAGAGAGAGAGAGAGAGAGAGAGACUGGACGUGGUCACCGAGGCUGCGGAGUAUUUAUUUGUACUACCUCUGGGUAGCUAGCUCCCUUUUCUUUCUUUCCUUUUUUAUUUUCCACCCGUUAUCCCAAAAUGAGGUUGAAAGUCGGAUUUAUCCUUCGAAGUUUACUGGUCAUCGGCACGUUUUUGGGACUGGUUUUGCUUUGGUCUUCCUUGACACCGAAAGCCGGUGACGACAAUCCGUUUGCAGCUGGACUGGCAGGAAGAGAUGCAGGUAAACCCAUGCAGCCCAACCUUCCUAACAACGACAUGGCUGACCAGUUUAAGCCUGUCGUUCCUUGGCCACACGUGGAAGGAGUUGAGGUCGACCUGGAUUCGCUUCGCCAGAAAAACGGUGACGUGCCAAACCCCAGAUUCCAAGCUCAAAACCAACAGAAUGUGAUCCAGAAGCAAUACGUCACUUUCAAGCCCCACACCAAUGUGUAUAGUAGUCCCGUGUUAAAAAUGGGCAUCCUGGGCAACUUGGAACCUAAAGAACCUGAGCCUGAAGGAUCUCAAGGUGGACCAGGGGAAGGCAGCAAACCGUUUGUGCUGGGACCGGAGUACAAAGACUCAGUCCAGGCCAGCAUCAAAGAAUUUGGCUUUAAUAUGGUAGCCAGCGACAUGAUCUCUUUGGAUCGAACCGUUGGUGACCUGAGGCAUGAAGAGUGUAAAUACUGGCAGUAUGAUGAGAACCUGCUGACCUCCAGCGUGAUCAUCGUCUUCCAUAAUGAGGGCUGGUCGACCCUGAUGAGGACGGUGCACAGCGUCAUCAAAAGAACCCCGAGGAGAUACUUGGCUGAGAUCGUCUUGAUCGAUGACUUUAGUAACAAAGCGCAUCUUCAAGAGAGGCUAGAAGAAUACAUAAAGCAAUGGAAUGGAAUGGUCAAAUUGUUUCGCAAUGAGAAGAGGGAGGGUCUGAUCCAGGCCAGGAGCAUAGGAGCCCGCAAAGCCACUCUAGGACAGGUGCUUAUCUACUUGGAUGCUCAUUGCGAAGUUGGAAUUAAUUGGUACGCCCCACUGGUUGCCCCAAUUUCAAAAGACAGAACGGUCUGCACAGUACCGUUGAUAGAUUACAUAGACGGCAAUGAUUAUACCAUAGAGCCCCAGCAGGGCGGGGAUGAGGACGGCCUGGCGCGAGGCGCCUGGGACUGGAGCCUCCUGUGGAAAAGGGUCCCGCUCAGCAGCAGGGAAAAGGCUAAGAGAAAGCAUAAGACCGAGCCUUAUCGGUCUCCUGCCAUGGCUGGUGGGCUCUUCGCAAUAGAAAGAGAUUUCUUUUUUGAGCUGGGCCUCUAUGAUCCAGGUCUUCAGAUCUGGGGAGGAGAAAACUUUGAGAUUUCAUACAAGAUAUGGCAGUGUGGUGGGCAGCUUCUGUUUGUGCCAUGUUCACGGGUGGGGCACAUUUACCGUCUGCAGGGCUGGCAGGGAAACCCACCUCCUGCUCAUGUAGGCUCUUCCCCCACACUCAAGAACUAUGUGCGGGUGGUUGAGGUGUGGUGGGAUGAAUACAAGGACUAUUUCUACGCCAGUAGGCCGGAGACCCUCACGCUGGCGUACGGAGACAUCAGCCCCUUGAAAAAGUUCAGGGAGGAACAUCGCUGCAAAAGCUUCAAGUGGUUCAUGGAAGAGAUCGCUUAUGACAUCCCGCUACACUACCCGCUGCCUCCAAAGAAUGUCGAAUGGGGAGAGAUCCGUGGGUUUGAGACUAGCUAUUGCAUAGACAGCAUGGGCCAUACCAAUGGUGGCAAUGUGGAGAUCGGGCCUUGUCAUAGAAUGGGUGGCAAUCAGCUCUUUAGAAUUAAUGAAGCUAACCAGCUCAUGCAGUACGACCAGUGCCUGACAAAGGGCGGAGACGGAUCUGCUGUCAUCAUAACACACUGCAAUUUGAGCGAGCAUACAGAGUGGAAAUAUUUUAAGGAUCUACAUCGUUUCACGCACAUACCCACGGGAAAAUGCUUGGAUCGCUCUGAUGUUUUGCACAAGGUUUAUUUAGCUGAAUGUGACAACAGCAAGAGCUCCCAAAAGUGGGAGAUGAACAAUAUUGUGGCUGUUUAAGAGUCAGGCUGUACUGCUUCAAGGAUAAACACGGACUUGUCUACAGCAACAGGUUUUACCAGUAUACACAUGACUAAUGGAAACACGUGCAGUUUUAGUCGGCACCAGAAUAACUUCAAACUCUUAUCGUGAUUUUUCUCUCUCGAUUGAAGACAAUGUUUACAUUGGUUGUCCCCAAUGUCCACUGCAUGGGUUUUGUGUGGAAUCUGUGGAUUGGAUGGGGUCUAACAGAAUGUUCAUUUCCCAAUUUCGCAGAGAUAACUGAUCUAAUACCACUCUUUUGUUGCUGCUCUAGCUUAUAAAGUACAGGUUGUCCCUGAAGUACUGGAAUGCUUAUAUUUUGAAACACUGGAGCUUAAUUAUGUUCGUAAGGACAACCUGAUACUUGAAUCAUUUUGGUCUUUGGCACAGUGGCACAUUUCCCAUGUUUAAUGGGUGACGCAUUAAAGUGGAAAGAAAAGGGAAAUAGGGACGACGAUUGAAAAAAUGAUACAUUUAUUUUGUUUACUCCAUAAAUGUCCGCCUGGUUGAGGGAAUCGAUGUUUACAUGUUUGUGAAAUUAAUUGAUAUAUUAUAAUCACUGACUGGACAGUUGUUACCGUCCUUGGCCAAAAAUCUGCAAAUGUCGAGCAAGUGAAGCAGUUAUGUUUAAGUGAAAGAAUAAUUGCAAUGUGUACAUUUCCUUUUUUUGUAAAAUGUAAAUAUGGUUAUUUCUAAUAUAACAGUUUGCGAUAUGGUGGGCUUCCCAAUGAAGGUGUAAAUAUCUAACUUAUGGCUUUUUUCCAAGAAAAUAAAUGAAACAUUUUUACCA